AUGCGAACCAUCGGCGACGAGGAGUUGAACAGGCGGGCUCCCGUCGAACAAUUUGCUACAGCCGAUAUCAUUCCUCAUUCACCAUCAUCAUCCAAUAGCCUAUUUCCAUCCCUCAGCUCAUCACCAUUUUCAUUUCAAACAGAAAGAAUUGCUCAUUCUUCAUCUACAUCCCCCGUAUCAUUAGAUGUUGUGCCGGAGGCAUUCGCCAGUAAUCCAGCACCCACUUCUGAUAACGUACGCGCGAGAAAGAAUUGGACUCAGGAUAUGAACAAGUUUAUCUGGCGCAACUAUUUGAUCAUAACGAAUCUCGAACGAAAUACCCGUGGUCACCUUACCAGUCUUCAUCAGAAAUUUGUGGAACAGUUCCCAGAAAUGGAUGUUUCGAAACAAAGGCUAGGAGAUCAACGCCGAGCUAUUAUAAAUAAUCAUAUGCUUAGCCAAACAAUUAUUGAAGAAAUCCGAAAAGAAGUCACAAUUUUAUUAAAUCAACAACCUCUUCCAUCAAAUCAAAUAGACAUGUCCGGUAGUCGUAUGAGUUGGUCAAAUGAAAUAAACGAAUCUAUCUUAAGAAUAUACUACGAAGUAACUGAAAUAGAAACUAAUAUGAUAGCAUAUAGGAAGAAACUACAUAAAAAAUUUAUAGAAGAGUACCCAAACUUAUCGCAUAUAACAGAACAGAGACUUUCAGACCAACGAAGAGCAAUAGUAAAUAAUAAAAUGAUCCCUAGUCAAAGAAUACUACAAAUAAAGAAAGAUGCAGAAGAGAAACUACAUAUAAAUAACAUUAGUUACAGUCCUGAGGUCAACGAUAUAAGUAUUUCUCUAAAUUAUACAUCCAGCACAACUUGUGACCAGUCUCAAGAAAAUAUGCUCUUUACAGAAAAUGAAGAGAAUAACCGUACACAUUCAGAUACAAAUCCCACAAUAACAUCAAGUGCAAUGAAUACUCUAAAUCCUGCAUUUCAAGAUAUUAUAAAAGAACGUUUUGUAGAAGCCUGGGACCAAUUUAAACAUACAGACCCAACUACGCGACCAUAUAUUCCAAGACAGAAAACGUCGAGAAAACUGGCAAUGAUAGUUAAUUAUAUUAACAAAAAUAUUUUACCCGGACACUUGAACACUGAACUUGAUUUUGUAGCAUUGCAAACAUUAAUAUAUACAGCAGCAUACACAGUCGCAACAUGUAAUGGUACCAAAAUUAAUACAAACAAUAUUCACAAAUUCGACAUUAAAGUGCCAUCCUGGCAAAAACGACUAGAGAAAAAAAUUGAUAAAUUAAGAUCAAAUAUAGGCAGAUUAGUCCAAUACAUGAAUGGCAAUAGACGUAGUCAAAUAGUUAGAACAGUAGAAUCCAUUAAAGUAAAAUAUUCUGUACAUGCUCAACAUGAAAAUAUAAAUACUAAUCUUGAACAUUUUCUUGAUACUUUAAAACAAAAGCUUAAUAUAGCUUCAAAUAGAUUGAGAAGAUAUACAACUUGUACAAUUCGGAAAAAUCAAAACAAACAAUUCAGAUAUAACGAAAAGUCUUUUUACCGGAAUUUAGUAUCAUUACACACAUCAAAUCAACUAACAGAUACACCUUUACCAGAAACACUUCGACAGUUUUGGGCAAAUAUCUGGGAAAAUACCACAUACCAUAAUAAUAAUGCCGAAUGGAUUGACAAAACUGAAGAAGCCACUACUAUACCUAACAUGAUAUUUGAUCAUAUACCAGUAGACAUUUUUCUUAAGGUUAUACAGAAAACACAUAAUUGGAAGUCCCCUGGUACAGACAACAUUCAUAAUUACUGGUAUAAAAAGUUUACUUGCACACACCCAUACAUACAUAACCAUAUAAACACAUUCAUAACAUCACCUGACACUAUGCCAACCUAUAUAACCCAAGGCGUAACUUACAUGCUCUCAAAAGAUAAAAAUGACCUAAAAAAUCCAGCAAAAUAUAGACCCAUAACUUGCCUUCAAACAAUAUAUAAAAUACUCACCGCUUGCAUUAGUGAAAUGAUCUACUUACAUAUUUCGGAAAAUGACAUUAUGGCAGAACAACAAAAAGGGUGCAAGAAAAACAGCCAGGGCUGUAAAGAGCAACUAACCAUUGAUGCAAUUAUUAUGAAUAGAGUAGCCAAGAAAAAAUUAAGUAUUUAUUCAAUGUUUAUAGAUUACCAGAAGGCAUUUGAUUCUGUACCACAUAGUUGGUUGAAACAUGUUCUACAUCUUUACAAAAUAGAUACUACCAUAAUUAAUUUCCUCGAAAUCACUAUGCAAAAAUGGGAAACUGUCUUGUCUAUUAAGCAGAAUAACCAACCAAUAACUACUGAACCGAUUAAAAUCAAACGCGGAAUCUUUCAAGGGGACGCUCUUAGCCCCUUAUGGUUUUGCUUAGCACUUAAUCCACUAUCCACUCUAUUAAAUAACAGCCAAAAUGGUUUUAAAAUUAACAAUCAGAACACACAUUAUACUUUAUCCCAUUUACUCUAUAUGGAUGAUAUCAAAUUAAUUGCCAAUAGUAAAGACCAGUUAUUCCGCUUAGCCGAUAUAACCCAGCAGUUCUCACAAGAUAUACAAAUGCAGUUUGGAGUAGAUAAGUGCAAAGUCUUGUCAAUCGAAAGAGGCAAAGUACAAAAUAAUAGUUAUAUACUUCAAUCUGGUGAACCGAUUGAACCAAUGGAAGAACAAAGUACUUAUAAAUAUCUGGGAUUCCAACAGUCAAGAAGAAUCAAUCAAAAAGAAACUAAAGAAGAGCUGUCGAAAAAAUUCAAACAUCGUCUUAACAUUAUACUUAAAACUCAUUUAAACUCAAAAAAUACAGUAAAAGCCAUAAAUACUUUCGCGAUCCCCAUUCUCACUUAUUCAUUCGGAAUAAUUCAUUGGUCACAAACAGAUUUAAAAAAGUUACAGCGCACAAUUAACACCCAUCUCACUAAAUAUAGGAAACACCACCCAAAGUCAUGCAUACAACGUCUUACAUUAUCACGGCAGGAAGGUGGAAGAGGGCUUAUCGAUAUUCAGAAUUUACACAACAAACAGAUACAAACACUACGUCAAUACUUUCAUAAUAAAUCCCAAUACUCUUUACUACACCAACAUAUAACAAAAAUUGAUGACAAACUCACACCACUUAAUCUACAGGAUUUACAGAAGCAGCCUAAUGAACAUUUAAUAGAUCCUAAAGAAAAAAUUUCAGCAUGGUCUGCAAAAGCGUUACACGGGAGACACCGAUCCAUUCUGUGCCUACCACACGUCGACAAAGAAAAGUCGAACGAAUGGCUAAAGAAAGGAGAACUGUUUCCUGAAACAGAAGGCUUCAUGGUUGCAAUACAAGAUGAAACAAUAGCUACUAGAAAUUACAUCAAAUACAUAAUCAAAGACGUUAAUCAAACCACUGAUAUGUGUAGACACUGCAAUAGCACAUCUGAAACCAUACAACACAUUACUGGAGCUUGUUCAGCGAUUGCUCAGACAGACUAUAAACACCGCCACGACCAGGUUGCUGCUAUAAUUCACCAAAACCUCGCUUAUCAACACAAUUUUGUAAAAGAAAUGACUCCAUACUACAAAUAUAAACCAGAGACGAUAUUAGAAAACCAGAAACAUAAAAUCUAUUGGGAUAGAACAAUAUUGACCGACAAAACUAUUUACUAUAAUAGACCGGAUAUAACGCUACAUGACAAAGAGUCCAGAACAAUAUACCUUAUCGAUAUAGCCAUCCCGAACUCACAUAAUAUACAAAAAACCAUAUCAGAGAAAUUAAGUAAAUAUCAGGAACUUGCAAUAGAACUUAAAUCACAAUGGAAAGCUAACACUGUCCACAUAGUACCUAUAGUUUUGUCAUCAACAGGAAUAAUACCAAAAUCACUUGCGCAAAGCCUUAGCACAUUAAAGAUACCAUUGUAUACUAGUUAUCUUUUACAAAAAGCCACCGUUCUUAAUACUUGUCGCAUUACAAGAAAGUUUCUGUCUUCUUCCAGUGUUUCUUCUAAUUUUUCCAUUUAA